ACAUUUUGAGCCCGACCCUUGGAAAACCACUCUCCAUAAACCUGAGAAGAACUGAAGCGGCCCGGCGACUACACCUUCCUGUAUCUUCCCAAGUUCAAAACCCUAAACAAGUCAGGUGAUUUCAUCAUCACCUCCUCCCAUUUAAAAGCCCUAAACUCAAUUCUGUAUUCAUACUUAAAAAGAUUUCAAGGUUUAUUCUCUCUGUGUGAUCGAUCUUUUCCGGUUCAGUUUUCUCGACCGGCGGUUCUUAUGGAGGAAAAAAGCUUUUCCAGACAACAAGGAAUGUAUUACAAAAGGGGCAGAGAGGAUCUGAUAAGCAAACUCCCCGAUUCUUUGUUGUCUCAGAUACUCUCCCACCUUCCGACAAAGGAUGCCGUCAGGACAAGUGUUCUCUCCCAUAGGUGGAAAAGCGUUUGGCUUUUGGUUCCUAAUUUGGAUCUGUCCUCUUCCGAGUUCCCAGAUUACACUGCCUUUGCUAGUUUCAUAGACAAGCUUCUAGCUUUCUCUAGAGAAGAGAACUCAGUCUUGUACAAACUCAAGCUAACCCUUCAGAAAAAAGAUGAGAGUGACCAGUCUUGUGUAACACGGUGGAUAGAUUCUGCGGCUAACCCUAAACUCAACCAUCUCGAUCUCGAGUGUGCACUCGCGAACCGUAGGUUUCUAGAGACCAUCCCACAAAGCCUUUAUACAGAAUGCGACACCCUGGUGUAUCUAAGACUCCAUCGUGUCUCCUUGGGCGAGAUUAAAUCUGUCUCUUUGCUUUGUCUCAAGACCAUGCGCUUAGAACACAACGUCUACGCCAGCGACGCGAGUCUGGAGUCACUCAUCUCGUCUUGUUCUCUUCUCGAGGAUUUGAGCAUUGUUAGAAUGGUUCCGGAUAACGUGAGGGUUGUGCGUGUGAGGUCUCAGUCGUUGACUAGCUUUCAUGUAGACUAUCUGCUUGGUGAAGGUGAUGACUUUUUUGGUGACUUGGUGAGAGAAGGCUCGGGGGUUUUCAUCGAUGCGCCUAGGCUCAAGUACUUGAAGUUCGAUGAUGAUUUUUCGGACAGUAAAGUCAUCGCCAAUCCAGUGUCAUUAGAGAAAGUCAACCUUGCUUUCGUCUUUGGUGAGCAUGAUUUCACCGACGUGGUAGAGUUACCAAAGCGAAACAUGUUCCGCGGUUUCUUUAAGAGCAUUUCGGGAGUUAAGGAGAUGAAGAUCUCUGCGUAUACUAUGGAGUUUCUUGAUAACAACAGGGAGUACGAGACAUACGACCCGUUGCCUCAGUUCUGCAAUGUUUCCAUUUUAAAAGUGGCGUUUUACGUGGUGAAUCUUGAUAUGAUGCCAACCCUUCUUGAGAGCUUCCCAAAUCUGAAAUCACUCGUCUUAACGCUGGAUUUUUAUGAUCCUUUGGAGGAAGAAGCUGAUGUGAGACACUUAGCUGUACCUACGUGUCUGCUGUCAUCGUUAGAGUCUGUAAAGAUAAGGCGUUUCAACAGAGGGCCUGUUUACAUGGAAGUAGCUAGGUACUUUUUGGAGAACUCCCAUGUCCUCAAGAAACUUGUUCUGGAUUUUAGGUGUUUGGGGGUAGAAGAAGGGUUUAACAUGUUGAGGGAUCUCAUUGCGUUGCCCAGGCUAUCUGCCUCGUGUCAAGUCCUACUUUGUUGAUGGCUGGCAAGGUGUAUUGAUUGAUCAGACGGAGAGUAGCAGCAUUUCAUGUUGUUAUUUUUUUAUCUUUGUUGAUGGCCACUAGUUAUGUGGAUGAUAAUUGAGAAUUCUAUAACAAUAAGGGACGUAACUGUGAGUGAAACAAAUUUGAAGGUAAUAUGCAUAUGUCAAUGUAGUAGAUGAACAA